AUGAUGUCCACAAUAUCGGACCCUGGAGCCUCUCUGCUCGCCCAGCUAGCGUGUCCACCAAAAGUAUCUUUACAAUUACUCGGAACGCACACAACAGCCGAACAGACCGAAGUUAUCGAUUUUGAUCUCUGGAUUGAUUGUUCAAAGCAAGCGAAAUUCAAGUCUGGAGGGUUCUUCACGAGUAACGAAAGUGAUAAUCGCUUUUGGGAUCAGUCUGGUGAAUCCAAUGACAAUUUCCCGACAACAUCAUCUGGUUGGCUUCGAGAUUGGCUUGAUAGUAACGAGAGAACAAGUUGGACGAUCGACAAAAUCGUCUCUUUGAGCGAUAACGAUUCGGCUGCUAUGAAAGCCCACGCAGAGGGCCUCGCACGCAAAAUCGCAUAUGGCGGAUCUAUCAUUGUUGAAAUUCACACACCACCUCUCGAGACGGAUGUCGCUGCAAACACUGCAGAGAUCCGAGCCGAAUGGAGCUUUGGUUCUCCUUUCGUUUCGACGGAGUUACCAUGGGACCUGUUGGUAAUGAAUGCAAUGGUCGACCGCAGGAGAGGAUUUAUCUCGGUUGAUGAGCCACGCCCUUCUCAUGGAAGAUCACCGUUUCGAAGGGCCAUGAAAUCUAAUAACACUUCUACGGUCGUAUCACAGGUUCGGAAUGGGGAGGGGUUCGAGCAUACAGUACUACAAUACUCGAAAUGGGGAUCUGAUAUUUAG